ACUUCCGGAAAGACGGGUAUCUUUUACUUUUUUUGGCAAAUUGGCAAUAUUGACAAAUUAUUUUAUUUUGAUUUUUGGGCAACAUUGACAAAAUGAUUAUAAAAUUCUGGUAAAAAAAAUUACGGAUUUCUUUUUUUCUUUUUUCCCUUACUUGGUUUUGUGUAACAACAUGAUCCUUUCGUACCAGUUUUGGGAAAAAUGUUACGGAAGAUUCGGAAUUUCAUUCAAAUGAUACGUUCAGAUGAUCGGAUGAAUCCAAAAUAGUACAGAUCCACAUUGCGUAUACAUAAUAAAUAUCCGUACCUUCAUUCUUAGAAGAAAAAAUUUUCCUUUAUUAUUAUGGCUGCGAAACACUUAAUUUCAGAAUGUUUAGAAAAGAUUUUUUCUAACCUUUUAGAUAAUAAUAAUCGUAAUCAUAAAUCAACCAAAGAUAUACAUUCCUUACAUUCUUGCACAUUAGUUUCAAGACAUUGGUGUAGAAUCUCAACACCAUUCUUAUAUUCUUAUCCAUUUCAUUAUUUUUAUCAUCGUAAUUCGAAUAAUUCGAACAAAUCAUCUUAUUUUAAAUUGAUUCGUACAUUAUUAGGUUGUAUUCCAAAAUCUAUUAAAAUAUAUUCUAAAACAUUGUAAUAAUUUAACAGUGUUAGAU